UCCCCUCCCCUCGCCUCGCCACCCUCUCCCGCAGCCGGACCGGAACUAUGUGAUCCCGGAAGUUCCGGGGCCAUUGCUGUGUGGGAUAAACAGUAAUGGCGGAGGCUGCAGCUCCCGGAACAACAGCCACAACAUCAGGAGCAGGAGCGGCAGCGGCGGCGGUGGCAGCGGCCUCCCCCACCCCUAUCCCCACAGUCACCUCCCCGUCCUCGGGGGCGGGGGGAGGGGGAGGCGGCAGCGACGGCAGCGGCGGCGGCUGGACUAAACAGGUCACCUGCAGGUAUUUCAUGCAUGGGGUUUGUAAGGAAGGAGAUAACUGUCGCUACUCACAUGACCUCUCCGACAGUCCUUACGGUGUAGUGUGCAAGUAUUUUCAGCGAGGAUAUUGUAUUUAUGGAGACCGCUGCAGGUAUGAACAUAGCAAACCAUUGAAACAGGAAGAAGUGACGGCGGCAGAUCUAACUUCAAAAUCAUCCGUUGCUGCUUCAAGUCUCUCAUCAGGAGUUGGACCAAUUGUUGAAAUGAAUAUGGGCGAAGCCGAGUCAAGAAAUUCAAACUUUGCAACUGUAGGAGCAGGUUCAGAAGACUGGGUGAAUGCCAUUGAGUUUGUUCCUGGGCAGCCCUACUGUGGCCGGACUGCCCCUUCCUGCACCGAAGCUCCCCCUCAGGGCUCAGUGAGCAAGGAGGAAUCGGGGAAGGAGCAGACGGCAGCAGAAACCAAGAAGCAGCUUUGCCCCUACGCUGCGGUGGGUGAGUGCCGCUACGGGGAGAACUGUGUGUACCUCCACGGAGACUCCUGUGACAUGUGUGGACUGCAGGUCCUGCAUCCGAUGGACGCUGCCCAGAGGUCACAGCAUAUCAAAUCUUGCAUUGAGGCCCAUGAGAAGGACAUGGAGCUCUCAUUUGCUGUCCAGCGCAGUAAGGACAUGGUGUGUGGCAUCUGUAUGGAGGUGGUCUAUGAGAAAGCCAACCCCAGCGAGCGCCGCUUUGGGAUUCUCUCCAACUGCAACCACACUUACUGUCUCAAGUGUAUCCGCAAGUGGAGGAGUGCUAAGCAAUUUGAGAGCAAGAUCAUAAAGUCCUGCCCAGAAUGCCGGAUCACAUCUAACUUUGUCAUUCCAAGUGAGUACUGGGUGGAGGAGAAAGAAGAGAAGCAGAAACUCAUUCAGAAAUACAAGGAAGCAAUGAGCAACAAGGCGUGCAGGUAUUUUGAUGAAGGACGUGGGAGCUGCCCAUUUGGAGGGAACUGUUUUUACAAGCAUGCGUACCCUGAUGGCCGUAGAGAGGAGCCACAGAGACAGAAAGUGGGAACAUCAAGCAGAUACCGGGCCCAACGAAGGAACCACUUCUGGGAGCUCAUUGAGGAAAGAGAGAGCAGCAAUCCUUUUGACAACGAAGAAGAGGAGGUUGUCACCUUUGAGCUGGGCGAGAUGUUGCUUAUGCUUUUGGCUGCAGGUGGGGACGACGACCUGACAGACUCUGAAGACGAGUGGGACUUGUUUCAUGAUGAGCUGGAAGAUUUUUAUGACUUGGAUCUAUAGCAGCUUGGCGUGGCGGGUGAACUGGUCUGCUGGGCCUCAGGCAGUGGCUGUCCCCGGUGGUGUGGCAGUGCCCGAGUUUCUCUCCUAGGCGGGCCUCUAAACUCCAGGUGCUGUUGUGAUCCUCCUUACCCAGGGCCUGUCUUUUCAAUCCCUCACCUUUCCCCAAGGAGUGUGUUGUGUUCUCUGUUCAAAAAAAAAAAAGUUACAAAAAUAAAUCUUAAAGCUAGUUUUUUUUUGUAACAUGAAUUUGACUGUCAGACAGUUAGCGUAGGUCUAUGGGGUCAUCGGUUUCCCACCAGUCACUGUGUUCUAAGGUAGAGUUGAUGGACUCGCCACACUCACUCGGUGGACCCCAGGUUCAGAAGGAGUAGAAGUGGCCCUGCUCUGGGCUCCGAGAACACAAGUGAUGGGUGAUGGAUCUGCGCUGUAGCCCGUAGUUGGCCGCAGACUAACAGGUGGCUCCUCCCGGUUUCUGGUGAAGUCUGCGCAUCCAAGUUUAUCUCCGUCCCCUCCCCCGUGACCCCCCACCUGUGCACUUGUUCUGUGGUUUUGGUCUCUUGUUGAAUUGCACACACGUCCUACUACCACUGGGUAACCAGAACCAGGUGCGAAUGUGUUGAGAUUUUUACUGUCGCGUGUGAUAGAAUUGUGAAGGGGCACACGGCAGAUGCAGUGGCGUCAACGAAAAGCCGAGCCGGAAGCGGACUCCCGAGGGCGGAUAGACUUGGUGUGGGUGGGUGAGAGCGUGCGAAAGCUGCUUGUCCCUGUAGAUGUUGUGUUCUUAGCCUUAGUGGGUAAACGAUGGGUUUUGUGGUUUCAGCCUCGUAUGGCACGUAGAUUGUAAGGGACAGAGCAGUAUGUCGGUAGCUGUCAGUAGAGCAGUGCUAGAGCUCUGUCUUCACAUAGAGCAGUGGGCAUAGCCGCAGAGUUUCAGCUGUCCGGUGGUCCCAUACGUUAACACAAACCAGGGCUUGGACACACGGUUGUAUUUAAUGUUUUAGGGUUUCCCAGCCUUUCUAGCCCAGGCACUUUUUGGACAAAGUUUGUCCUCGUUUGAGGUUUCGUUGUCAGGUUUUUGUGUUCGUUUUUGUGGGUAUCUGCCUCCUCACAUCCCUGAGCUUUGCAGGUAGACAGUGAUUCAGAACUUAAAUUCUAAGGUGUUUCUUGUGGCGGGUCAGGGGUUGGCAGGAGUUCAGUCAUACUUUUCCACUCAAGUGGGGAGGGAGUGGUAAUCCACAAGCUGAGCUAAAUGCUAAGUUGUUAGAAGAAUUUCUUGAUUGGAAAUUUUAGCGUUUGAGUUUUGUCUCUUGUUCAUAAAACAACUUGGAGAUCCUCCUCAUUUGUCCCAUCUACUGCUUUUGAGUCCUUGGAUCCUACCCAUUUCUUUUCACUCAAAGAAAAAAUAAGUAAUUGUUGCAGAGGUCUCUGUAUUUUGCAGCUGCCCUUUUGUAAGAAGCACUUUUCCCAAAUAAAACAAUAAAAAAA